AUGGGGCGGCGGCGCCGGGCGGAGCAGGAGCGGGCGGGCGCGGCCGGGGCCCUGCCGGACGCCAUCGCCGCGCUCAGCCGGACGCUGCCCGCCGGGCCCAGCCCCGAGACCUUCCGCCGCGCCAAGUUCGACCGUCCGGAGGCGGCCCCGCCGCUCUGGCGGAUGCUCUUCCUCGCGCUCUCGCCGCUGCCGGGCGACUGCGCCCCUGCGCCCCGGGCCCCGCCGGCGCCCCCGGCCCUGGAGGCUCAAGUCCGCCUGGUGAAGAGGGCGCUGCGCUCCCAGGGCUACCCCCGGCGGGCGCUGGCACAGCUCCCCGAGGACGGCGCCCGGGGCAGCCGCGAGCUCCUGCUGGCCCUCGCCUGGCUCCUGGCCCGCGGGCCCCUGCUCGAGCGGCUGCUGGGCCGGACACGCGUGCGGCUGGGCGACGAGGUAGCCCUGUGCCAGGGCGAAGCCCCGGCCAGUCCUGGCCCGCCCGCGGCCUGCGGGGGUGCAGAUGGCCCUGUGGACAUACGCCACUUGCAGUGGUUGAUGGGAAAGCUGCGGCUGCAGUGGCGAAACCUGAUGACCAGUCAGCAGGAGCAGUGUGCCCUCCUGGGCAAGAUCCACUCGUAUACCCGUGGCUGCCACAGUGACCGAAGCCUCGGCCACCUGUCUGUUGCUGAGACCGAGAUGCUCAGGGACCCGGAGGGAGGCCGGCAGCUGCUCCGGAGGCUGGAGAGUGAGAACGCGCGCCUGGAGGCUGCCCUGGCGUGGCGGCGCCGGGAGCUGGUCUUCUGGCAGUGGAUGGACACCGUCCUGGGGGCCUGCCCCCUGGAGGCCGCACAGCCCCCGUUUCUGCCCAGGAUCCCCGAGUCGGGGGCUGACCAGUUGGAGAUGGUGGCUCAGCAGCUGCAGGCCCUGCACGAGGAGCUGCAGGGAGCCGUGGAGCCCCGGCGGGCGGCCUGGGAGGCCAGGGUUGGAGGCUCGGGGUCCGAGUGGAGCGCUCUGCAGCGGGCCACCCAGGAGGCCGUGGGACAGGAGCUGGCGGCGCUUCGGCGGGCCUGGGAGGAAGGUGGGGCCCCGGCCCAGCCCCACGGACCCUGCCGGCUGGUGAAGAGUGAUGCCAGAGCCUCGGGGGGCCCGGGGCUGCGGGCUGCCGAGGUGAUUGGGGCACUGCGCAGCCGGGAGGCCUGCCUGGAGGCGGUGCUGCGCCAGCUGCAGAGCCAGUGUCGGCAGGAGCUGGCCCAGUUGGCGGCGGCCCUGCCCGGCCUCAUCUGGAUCCUGCCGCCUGGUCAUUGAGGGGCUGUGGGUGGCCCUCCUCCAGGGAGAGGCCUCCAGGGGGGCCGGGCCCCGGGGACGAGGCAGACACAGAGCCCGUGGCUGUCCUCACCGGGCACAGCCCAGCCUCCUGGCUGGCGAUACUGGGGCAGGACGACAGGCCCAGCGAGGUGUCCGUGGGCAUUCAGGACCAAGAGAGUACGCACAACUGGGUUGUAGAGGCCUCCCUGCAGGGGUGAGGCCCUGUCCUGCCCCCCCCGCCCCCCUUCCAGGUUGCCGUCUGGGCGGGGCUGGGUCUGCUCAGGCCUGGGGGAAGGGGCCCCUGGGUGUCAGGCAUCAGGGUCGCCGGUGCCCCUCACGCACUGCAUCCGGGCCCCCACCGCAUGCCCCGCCUCGUUGGGCCUGGUGUGUGCGUGUGUUGGGCAGGGACGCUGGCUGGGAGCCUGGGGUGGGGGCUCUGUUCCUUUCCUGGGGGCGGUGCUGGGGGUGAGGGGGAGGCCACUGUGGACAGAGGGGGCUUUGUUCGUGAGUCCGAUGGGGGAGCUGGGCUCGGCCCUGACAAAGAGCCAUCUGUGUCUGGGGGACGUGCCCCCAGCGCGCCGGAACAGGCCCCCUCCAUCGCAGGGGCCUCAGCCUGUCGGCACCCCUCACCCAGCAGGCGCAGACGGCCUCAUCCUGCCUCCCACCAGGCUCCCCUUGGCCCGGGGCAGCUGAACCCCAGCCUGCUGCUGCCAGCCGGUUCAGGCCCGGGGACACUUCCAGAGCCUGAGUCCCCAGCAGAACAUCCUCGGCUUUUCCUGCUGCUCAUGCUUGGGGCGCUGGGCUGGGCCAGCCUGGUCCCCACCCCCAUCCUGGGGGACACGCCGGGGCUCCCUCUGUGCUGUCACGCCAGGCAGACUGGUCAGAAGCACGGGCCGGACCAGGCAGUGGCCGGCAGGUUCCCCCUUCAGGAGAGCCUCUGGGCCUGCGCCCCAGCUUCCUGGCCCGGGGUCCCUCCCUCCAGCCACAGGCCCCCCCGCUCCUCCUCGGGGCUCCAGCUGUAGGCCAGGCACACGGGCCUCGACCCUCCGCCUGCCCUGCCCUCAGCCAUCACGACCACCGGGUGGGACCCUUCGCGUCUCAGAAACGAGUCCACUCAGAACUGCCCGCCUUGGAGGACCGUGUCCGAGCCAGGCCGCCCCUGGCCCCUGAAGCUUGGCUUUUACAGGCCCAAGGAAGCUCGGUCUUACGGAGCUGUCACUUCUCAGACCGGUCUGUAGGUCCAAUACAGCCCCACUGAAAACCCCGAGUGUGUCUGUGAUGUCCGUGAGAGGUACUCGGGGAGGGGCGGCCCCGGGCGGCCAAGGCCGGGGGAAGCUGCCCGGGAGCAGGUGCGCUCUGCUGGGCUCCUACGGGUGCCGCCGUAAGCACGCACCUGGUGGCUGGGGAAGCGCGGCCCGGCGGCCCGGCCGUAGGCGGGCAGGGGUGCGGGGCCGUCGGCAAGGUCCAUCUCCCACAGGCGGCCCCUGUGACGCUCCUCUGCCUCCCCUGCAGCCCCAGGCUGGUCGGUGACAGUCCUGAGAUGCACAUGAUGCGACCGGCCCACAGGUGGAGGCCGGGCCCCCCACCUCCGAGGUGCCAGGCGCAGGCGCAGGCGCAGGCCGGCAGAGCUCAUGUGCACGCUACGGGCCGGCCCGGCCAGCGAGGGGCAGUGGGGGCUGCUCUGGGCAGGCAGGUGUCUGAGGGUGGCUCAGCGGGGCAAGGACACCACGCUCCACUGGCCACCACCGACGCCAGAAGCCUGCUUCUCUGAAGACUCCAUCUUAUGGACAAGGGAGGAUGAGGCAGCCUAGAAUCCCUUCGUGACACUUGUGACCUGCGGAGACUUGGCGUAGAGGACACAGAAGGGAGUGGGACCCUGGGGAGGCCCCGCCGGGAAGAGGAAGCGGGUCACCAUGGGACCUGGACGGGAGAGGUGGGAGGUGGCACCAGCCCGCCGGGUGGGCGCAGGGUCCUCGCAGGGCAGGGCUGGGCGGCUGGAGCCCAGGCUGGGGAGGCCCUUCCCCCGGGGCUGGGAGGAGGGGGGACCCGCACGGCAGCCGGCCGGUAAGUGUGGCCACGCGCCCCGCUGUGACCAGGCCUCCUGGGUCCGCGAGGGAAGGACACACAGGUCACGAGGGGACCUAUGAGGAGACCUCAGAGGAGGCCACGCAGGCGUCACGGGGGGGGCCUUGGUGGCCCGGGCCCGCGGGCUCCAGGACCUGCGUCUGCUGUCCUUGCCCGCACCCGUGCUGGCCUCUCGGGUGUUUUACCAACUACGGCGCCAACAGGGCCCGCGGGCAGCCGUGCACACAAGUCCGUCUGUGUCCUGCGCCCACGGCGACCUUUCCCCGCCCCAGCUCCCGGGUCCUGGCCCUGACCUCCGCGCCCACCGGCCGGCUGCCUCUCCCUUCAGCUUGGGGCCUCCGGGGCUGUUGGCCCACCCUGGCUGGACCCACGCUUGGGGGCGCGGCUGGCGGGGCCGCAGGCUGGUCACGUCCACAUUCUGGGGCCGCGAUGCACUCGGGAUGGAAGCCUGGGUGGGGGGCGCGGCUGGUGACCUGGCCUGGGUGCUCCCCUCAUGUGUCCCCAGCCCCCGUGUCCCCCGCAGGGUGUCUGGCCGCCUCCCCAGCUCUUCCCGGCUGCGCUGGCUGUGCCCCAGCAUUCCCGCAGCGCCUACACGCUGCCAGCGCCGGAGGAUAACCGUCAUACCCUGGGCGGCUGGGCGGCGGGUCGAGGUGUCAGGGUGGUGGGCAGAGCCGAGGACGGGCUGGGGGACCCGGAGCCAGGAGGGGUCCACGCAUGGAAACGGGGUGUGCGUGGGGGCAGCGCAGCGCUCGGGAGGGUCGGGGCGCAGGGGCUGCACACGCCCGUGGCCCGAUGGGCUGUCCCGCCGAGCCGCCGAUGGCUUUGCUCCAGAAAACCCCCGUGCCCCUGGGUGAGCCGAGCUGGGCUGGGGAGGUGGGGUGGGGGCUGGGCCCAGGCGGGUCCAGGUGGAUACGGGCUCUGGGCUCUGUGGCUGACUUGGUUCUGGAGCACGCGAGCUGAUGGCUCUCUUGUGUUUCCUUCUGGUUUACUCAGAUUCUUUAUAACACCAAGGUCCCCCCCACCCCUGUUUUGGGAACCAUUUAUAUUUCUUGGUGGUAAAAGGCUAACAUUAAAUUUCCGACCUUAACCAUU